CGGCGGUGCGGGGCCCUUUAAGAGGUGCCGGCGGCGCGGGCGGGCGGCACAGGGAGCAGCAGCCCCGCCACCGCCGAGGGCAGAGUCGCAGCGGAGCCCCUCGCACGGCCUCCGCUGCACCGCGAUCCACUGCACGGACCCCCGGAUCCUACUACACCGCGAUCCAUUGCACAGGGCUCGGCUCCCAUUGCACGGACCCCCGGACCUCACCGCGGCGGACUCCACUGCGCGGACCCUCGGACCCUGCCGCCCCGCCCCUAUUGCAGCCCGCCUCCGGACCCUAUCGCACCGAGCCCCGCUACACGGUGCACCGCUACCCCAUUGCACCGCACCCUUACUCCCCAUUGCUCGGACCACCGGACUCCAUCGCACGGACCGCCGGUGCGGCGGGCAUGGCAUCCGGGAGCCGGCUUUGGGGGGCUCUGCUGCUGCUGCCGCUGCUGCUGCCGGCGGCGUGCCGGGCGGACGGUGGGUGCUCGGGGGAAGGCGGCCCCCUGGAGCCCUUCGACGAGCUGUACGCCAGCGGCGUGGAAGCCUACUACAGCGGCGACUUCGCGGGCGCGGCGCGGUGCCUGGAGCGGGCGCUGCGCAGCCGACGGGAGCUGCGGGACGCGCGGUUGCGGUGCCGGCGGCGCUGCCGCGGGCAGGUGCGGUUGGAGGCGCCGGGACCGGGCGCUGGUGGCGACCUGCCUUUCUUCGGCUCGGUGCUGCGACGAGCCAGCUGCCUGCGAAGCUGCGAGGAACCGCGCUUGGGAGCCGUGUCCCGCCACCGCGCCGCCGAGGAGGUGCGAGCCGACUUCCAGCGCAGGGUACCCUACAGCUACCUGCAGCGCGCAUACAUCCAGAUGAACAAGCUGGAGGAGGCAGCAAAUGCAGCUCACACCUUCUUCAUGGCAAACCCUGAGCACAUGGAGAUACAGCAGGACAUUGAGAACUACAAAACCACAGCAGGAAAAGUUAGCUUGGUUGACCGGGAGGCCAGGCAGCACAUGGAGGACUACAGUGCUGGGGUAAGGCACUACGACAAGGAGGAGUAUGAGCUUGCCAUUGACUUACUGGAGCGUGCGUUGGAAGGGUACUACUCUGAGGAUGCAGAUUGCCAGAUCAUGUGUGAGGGACCACAGAAAUUUGAGGAGCAUGAGUAUCUGGAAUAUAAGGCUGGUCUCUAUGAAGCUAUUGCAGAUCACUACAUGCAAGUCCUGGCUUGCAAACAUGACUGUGUCCGAGAACUUGCCACACGGUCAGGCCGUAUCUCACCAAUUGAAAAUUUCCUUCCCCUCCAUUAUGACUACUUGCAGUUUGCCUAUUACAGAGUUGGUGACUAUGUGAAAGCCCUGGAGUGCGCCAAGUCCUACCUCCUCUUCCACCCGGACGAUGAAGAUGUCUUGGAGAAUGCUCGUUAUUACGAGGGCCUCUUGGAAGGUACAGUGGAUCCAGACACCAUCAAACCCAGGAAGGAAGCAAAAAUGUUGCUGCGGCGCCAUAAGCUGGAGUCUCACUUCUUGCAGGUGGCUGCAGCUGGCCUUGGAUACACCUACACAGAGCCGAACUACUGGAACAGGUAUGGCGCCCGCCAAGAUGAGCACAGUGUUCCGUCAAGUAUUAGCAGUGAACCGGAGGAUGGCCCCCGGCUGUCCCUUGCAAAGAAACCCAUGCCAAAACCAGAUCGAGAGUUAAAGGAGGGGGGUCCACUUCUCUACAGUGACGUGAAGUUUGUCUACAACUCACAGCAGCUGAACGGCACCCAGCGAGUUCUACUGGAUAAUGUCAUCUCAGAGGAGCAGUGCCGAGAGCUUCACAGGGUGGCCAGUGGGAUCAUGUUGGCUGGAGAUGGCUACAGGGGCAAAACCUCCCCCCACACCCCAAAUGAGAGAUUUGAAGGUGCCACUGUCCUCAAAGCCCUCAAGUAUGGCUACGAGGGCCGCGUCCCACUGAAGAGUGCCCGGCUCUUUUACGACAUCAGUGAGAAGGCUCGCAGGAUUGUAGAGUCCUACUUCAUGCUGAACUCCACGCUCUACUUCUCCUAUACCCACCUGGUGUGCCGCACCGCCCUCUCCGGCCAGCAGGAGAGGAGGAAUGACCUGAGCCACCCCAUCCACGCUGACAACUGCCUCUUGGACCCUGAGGCCAAUGAAUGUUGGAAAGAGCCUCCUGCCUACACCUUUCGGGAUUACAGUGCCCUCCUGUACAUGAAUGCAGAUUUCGAAGGAGGCGAGUUCAUUUUCACCGAGAUGGAUGCCAAAACUGUGACGGCCUCCAUCAAGCCCAAGUGCGGACGAAUGAUCAGCUUCUCAUCAGGUGGCGAGAACCCCCAUGGGGUGAAGGCGGUUACCAAAGGCCAGCGGUGCGCUGUGGCUCUCUGGUUCACCUUGGACCCACUUUACAGAGAGCUGGAGAGAAUCCAGGCAGAUGAAGUGAUCGCGAUGUUGGACCAGGAGCAUCUAGGACCCAGUGAAAUGAACAUCAACCCCAAGGAUGAGCUAUGAACUAGGCCAAAGACUUUUUCUAUUAAAUAUUUAUUUAAUAUUGUUAAUCUUAUUAGAACCCUUCUAUUUUUGUACAGAGCUGCUGUAUAAAUUAACAAGUUAAUAUGAUUGUGGAGUUUCAGAAGUGCCUCUUCUGUGUUUAGCACAGCUCUUGCUGGCACCCCUCAUCCCUGUGCCAGCAUCUCCUGCUGGGUCUGACUCUGCCUCUGGGAUUCCCUGUCCUUCCCUAGCACGUCUCAGGACUUAUUCAGGACCACUUUACCCCCUUGGAGGACACUUUUUUUCCCCCUUCUUCAACCAGAAACAGCUGCUUCUCUUUAGCUUCCGCUAGAGAAAUGUCUCAGGUGUGCUAAUGCACCAGUCUUCCUGCCCCUACUAAGUGAUGGCUGAAGACCUGGGUAGUGCUGCCAUGGGGGAAACUGGAAUGUAAGUCAGUUAUGGCUGUUCUUUCCAUCUCAGAGCCCUUCAUCAUUUGUAAUAUGCUUUUUAGGGAAACAAGCAAAGCAAAACCCAGGUCCCAGCAAAAUGCAUAUCUCUCUGUAGCCAUGCAAAACUGGCAUUUGGGCAGAACUUCCAGAAAUCACCUGCUUGGCAGGAGCAUGAGAUGUGCACAGGCAUGAAGGGAUUGAAUUUGCAGCUGACACUGUUGAAACAGGGUCUGUCGUUCAUGUUCAGUCCCUUUUCUUGCUAAUGGCUUGGGAUGCACUAAAGAAACUGCUUCAUAUUGCAGCCUUUGAGCUUCCAGCCCAGUACUGUUGCUGGUAAAACCCAAAGUUAAAGGUCAUAGUUUCCAGGUUCAUGUUGGGAAGCAGCUGAAAGGCUCAGGGAUGUUACAGUGCCAUGUUGUUGGAUGGUCACAGUGUGGCUUUGUACUCUGGAUGUCCUGGCUGCAUCCUCCCAUCCUGACUGUAGAAGCAGCAGAUGUUCAUGGUGAGGCAGCAUCUGUUUGUUCAAAGUAUUACCGACCCAGUCUGAGGGUGAAAGCACAUGUUGCUUAUCACAAGAAAUUUACUACACCAGUAACUACUGCUGAGUAAAUGAUCCUUCUACCACCAUUAAAUCAACUCCUCUGCAUGUGACCAGAGCAGCCCCUACCUCAAUCAGAAUGAGCACUGAAGUCACAGAAUUGCCCAUGUGUCAGACAUAAGGACAGCUUUUAUUCUGACCCAGAAGAUGCUUAUGCUGCUAGAAAGCAGUUCCUAAAGGGCGGGUUGCAGCAAUCUUUACUGUUGAAUUUACUGCAAGGCUGCUGUCUCUCCAGAAAGCACUGGCAGGGAUCUUGGCUGGAGUUGGUGUCCCUAAGCAGGUUUGCUCAGCUCCCUGAUGCAUUGGCACUGUCUCAGUCCUUUUCUGCUCCCCUCUGCCAGAUGUGACAUUUCCAGAAUUUAAAAUCUGCAAUAGGGAAUUGUCUGAUCAUGUAGCUUGUGCUUAUCCAAACCUUCCAGGCUCAGCAGCACCCUCUUUCCAUCCAGUCAUUGGCUGCCAUAGCCAUGGACAAGGAUGGUCCUUCUGUAGAGACCUCCUCAAAAGCUGGUCCUCAGCAAGAAUAUAGAGGGGAAACUCAGUACAUAUGGGAAGACAAAUGCCCAGACUGUGAAGAAGGUACCGUUACUGCCUAGAAAAUGAUAGAAGGGUCAUUUGCUUAAUCUCCUCCAAUGCAAGGGAGAAAGGUCUGAGUUUCUGAGCUACAAGUGUGGCUUCUUUCUUUGACAUUAUCUGCCUUUCCCCUAGACUGUUGAAAUUAUUAAUUGUGUUGGCUCCCUGUAGAACUGUCCACAGGUCUCUGCCUUCAGAGACUCUUCCCUGCUCAAAUGCCUCCCCUGGAAAUGUUUAAUCCCCCUUUUUUUAAAGCAGACCGAGAAAAAGCUGGAGGGAAGAAGGCAAGGGCAGCUGGACAGCUGAAAUGCAGGUGUUGUCCUCUGUCUGCAUCACUCUAUUGCAUCUGAGGCUUGACUCCUACAUGCUGGACCUUCAGCAUGUGUUUGUGCUGGCAUCCCCCUGACAGCCAUGUCUGCCUGAGCGCAUCCUGCAGAGCCGCCCCUGCAAGCAGCUCGGUGCAGCCCCUGAUCCCCAGGGGUUGCGGGAAUUCCACCACCUGGUCCUGCUGUGGGGAGGUGGCAGGGGAGCAUCACAGGUCAUGACUUCUUUGCUGCUGUGGUGGUUAGCCAGAGCUGUGUCUAAAUCCAGAGGAAAUAAACUAAACACAACA